AUGCGAGAGGAUUCUAGCGCUAUUGUGUCGGGUGACAACGACACUAUUCUACACCGAGUCAUUGUGCCCUCGGCAAAGUUUGAUCCUCUCGACGAUGGUAGUGAUUUCUAUUGUUCGGCUUCUGUGCUCGAAUUUCGACUAGAAAAAUGCAAAUCGAACAGCACGAACGAGUCUGGCUGUUUACGUUGUGAGAUAUUUGAGCCCUCACUUCAAGUAACGGAAUGGAUUCAUUAA